AUGGGGAAGUCCGACUCUCGAUACAAGCUACCGAAAAUUCUCGGGCGCAACCGAUCGGACCAAGACCAGGACACUGAUCAGCCCGAUUUACUGGCGUCGAGCUUCGAUGUUUCUGGUGUCUCCGAUGGUCAUUCUGCUGACCCUCGGAGAGCCUCAGAACCUGUCCGUUUUUCGAAAAUUGACGAAGAAGCUUCCUCGGAUGUUCCGUCACGGAUAGAGGGAGCCCUACCUGAACCAUCUGUUCGCAGACACUCCUCAGUAUUAUCGAUUGGGUCCCAACUUACUCGCCGAACUGUCAGCAGAGCUUCUUCUUCGUCGGAUCCACUCGGCUUAACACUCAUAUAUGAAUCCGAAAAGCCAUAUGCAGACCUUAUCUUCGUCCAUGGACUUGGUGGAUCUUCUCUGAAAACAUGGUCAUAUAAUCGAGAUGUGGAGAAGUUCUGGCCUCCAUGGCUAGCUUCUGAGCCUGGGCUUUCAAACACCAGGGUGUUCACGUUUGGGUAUAGUGCAUCGUUUGUUCAGCAAUCACCCACGCUGAGCCUGCUUGACUUUGCGAAGGACUUGCUGUUCAAAAUAAAAAUGUAUCAUGAUCCUAGAAGCGAAGACAGCAAGUUACUAGGUGAGCGUCCAAUGAUAUUUGUGGUUCACUCUUUGGGCGGCCUUGUUGUGAAAAAGGUUGAAAUCCUUCUUUCUAGCGGAUUUGAGGUUGUCAUGUCUCAAACCUAUGGAAUCGUCUUUCUCGGAACGCCGCAUCGAGGAUCCAAUCUGGCCGGCAUUCUCAACAACAUCCUUCGGACAUCACCAAAUACUUCAACAAAGGUGUUUGUUGUCGACAAAGAUUCCGCGGUCCUUGGAUACCCCACAGAGACAUCGGCACCUCUGUUGGCGGACCAUCACGGGUUGACGAAAUUCCCUAAUCCUGACGACCGAAACUAUGGCGAUGUCAGAAACGUACUGAGGAGAUUGGUGAAUAAUAUCAAAGAAUUACGAUUUUCUGCGCCAUGGUCACCAAAAUCGGCGGCGAGUUCGUCACCAGAAGCCAGUCUCGAGGAAAUUACCGGUCUCAAAUAUAUCGGCGUUGAGCUUGAAAACUCCCGUCAGAGAAUUUAUCCUGGAACGUGUCGCUGGAUACUUCAGAAAAAGGAAUUCCGGCAAUGGCUCGAUGGAACCGAUGACCAGUUGUCCAUUUUCUGGCUCACAGGCCUGCCGGCCGCCGGGAAAACAACCCUUUCCAGUUUUAUAAUUGACUAUUUGAGUCAGGAGGAUGUGGUUGGAACCUGCCAUUACCACUUCUUUCAAGUGGGUCAGCAUGAUACUCGCACCGUCUCAUUCUUCCUUCGUUCACUCGCAUUUCAAAUUGCCAGUAAAUCUCAGAUCUUCCACGGCAUGCUUCUGGAUCUACACCAGCAGACUGGCAUCUAUUUUGGAUCGCAGAAAUACAACUUGAUCUGGGCUAAGGUAUUUGAAGGCCUCUUAUUCAGAGUCAGACUGGAAGAGCCGCUCUUCUGGGUGCUCGAUGGACUUGACGAAGGCGAAAGUUCCCCGACACUCAUAUCGCUGAUUACCAAAAUAAGCACUGUGACUCCAAUCAAGGUCUUUCUCGUCAGCCGGCUUACGAAAGACAUAUCAGCUGUUCUCAACGGCGUUGAAUGUCCCGUCUACUAUCAAGACAUGCAACCGACAGACACGGCCAACGACAUCAAACUAGUUGUAGAAGCAACAGUCCGCCAUUCAAUACCAGCCAAUCAAGAACAAGAAACCGUCAUCGAAAGCGUUCUUUCCAAAUCUUCCGGAAGUUUCCUCUGGGUCGAACUAGCCCUAGCCAGACUCAAAGACAACUGGCACACCAAACCUGAUAUCGAGCGAGCUCUAACAGACCUACCAGAAGGAAUGGAAAGAAUGUACGAGAGAAUGGCCGACAUAAUCUCCGAACAACCUCCCCGACUCAAAAAAAUGGCGACAGAAAUUCUCACAUGGGCAUCUUGUUCGUUCCGACCCCUCGAUAUCGAAGAAUUAUCCGUCGCCCUAUAUCCAGAAUUCGGCGCAUUUCUCGACCUCAAAACAACAAUCACGCAAAUCUGCGGCAACUUCGUCGUUAUCAAAAAUUCAAAAUUAACCCUCAUCCACCAAACAGCCCGCCAAUUCCUCCUCACCAAGGAUCAUCAUCAUGAGGCAUCAAGAAUCAAAAUCGACAGCCGCAUCGGCCACAAGCGAAUCGCCAUAACUUGCAUGCACUUCCUCUCAGACACCAAAUGGAGAUCAAAGCUCGCUGACACGCGCGAACCAAACACCUCAGACUCGACAAACCCCCACCGAUCAGAAUUCUUCCUCAAAGAACCCUUCAUGCUCUACGCAACGUCCUACUGGGCUUACCACGUCAGCGGCGCCCCAGCAGACUCGGACGACGACCUACCAAGCCUAAUCUGCGACUUUCUCGAAAAAUACACGCUUAUCUGGAUGAAUGCGGCAGCCGUAGCCGGCAAGCUCCAACUAAUCACCCAGUCCGCGCAAUAUCUCAAAGCGUACGCGAAAAAAGUCACACACCAUCGCAACGAAGUGCCUCCGACGAGUUUCCAGCUCAAAGCGGCCCGUGAUACGGACUUGCACCACUGGGCGACGGAUUUCAUUCGCAUUGUUGGCCGGUUUGGAUCGUAUCUGUAUGAGAGUCCGUCUUCGGUAUAUAAAUAUGUUAUUCCGUUUUGUCCGGCGAAGUCGAUUAUGAGUCAGACGUUUAAACAUACUGCUUUGAGCACAGUGUCUGUGAUUGGGAUUUCGUCUGAGAGCUGGAGUGACUGUCUUGCGAGACUAGCUAUGGGCGGAGACGAAACUGCUUCCAAGAUCGUUUGCAAGGAUAAUUAUUUUGUUACGUUGAUUGGGGGUAGUGGGACUCUUGUUGUUUGGUAUGCGGAGACUUGCAGUGAGGCGAGACGCUUGCAUCAUGGUGAGUGGAUAACUGUCAUCAAAGCCAGUGAGAAUAAGAGUCUCGUUGCGUCGGCGGGGAUUCGCACUAUUCGGGUGUGGGAUAUUACUACAGGUCGAGAGAUACAUCGGAUUCCCAAGUCUAGUCAAGGGAGAUUGAUGGCCCUGGCGUUUACGUGUAAUGACACGAAAUUGCAAGUUGCUUAUGAUGACUUUACGAUCCGGUGCAUUGAUCUCGAUACCGAGAGUGAGGAAUGGUGUUUCUAUGCUCACGAUGAUUUGUCUGAGGCAGAAUAUGGCUGUCCGCGGUUUAUGGUGUUUAGUCCGGACGGCAAACGAGUCGCCAUCGCUCAGCGUGGUCGGCCGGUUUUUAUAUGGAGAAUCAGUCGCCAUCGGGAAUCCCCGCGUCGUUGUGUUCGGAAUGUGGAACUGUGGAAGAACGAGGAGGACGCAUGGAGUGCGCCAGAAGUGGUGCUCUGGCAGCCCGAAUCCUCGAAUAUCUUGAUCCUGUACCAGGAUACUACACUUCUGGACUGGAAUUUCGACGACGAUACGCAGACGGAGCAUUCGCAUCUUGCGGCGAGAGAAAUGGUCGUCAGUAAUGACGGUAAUCUUCUCUUGACUACUGAUAAUAAUGGCACUUUGAGCGUCUGGUCGACGGAGCAGUUCCGCCUCAUCUAUCAGGUCAAGUGUGAUGAGUUUGUGAGAGACCUUGCUUGGGCACCUGAUGCUCAACGAUUCUACGAUCUGCGCGGAACAUUGUGUAAUGUCUGGGAGCCAGAUGCACUGAUACGCUCUGAUGAUGCCAGUCGAGAAGAUCAGAGUACUCACGACACCCUAUAUUCUGACCCAGUCAUUUCCUUCGACAAUAACAACCGGAUCCAAGUCACAGCUCUAGUGUGUGGCCCACGUUCAAAGUACUACUGUAUAGGAAAAGAAGACGGGAGCGUAGUAGUUUUCGACCUUGAAACAGCGCAGAGGCACCGAAAGCUUUACGGACACUCGACAAGCGUCUGCGUCGUGGAAAUCGCAUGGUCUUCUUCUCUCAAGUUCAUCGCCUCUGUCGAUGAUUCCGGCCGUGUCAUGGCUAAAAGACUUGAGAAACCAACAUCCCGAGCUCCAAAGAAAUGGGCUGUUUAUCCCUUGUUCGAUCAGCGAUUCGGGUCUACAGUGACCCAAUUGCUAUUCAGUCAGUCGGAAGAGUUCCUCCUCAUCUCCAGUGGAAAUCUUUGCCGGGUCUGGAGUACCAAGAAAAAGGAAAAGCUCUUCCAGGUGGAACAUCCCGAUGCGGGCUAUAGAAGAUGGAUGCAACACCCGCAAGACCCGGCUCUGCUGAUCUGCAUCCAGGGUGAGAAGCAAUCCAUCUGUAGCUGGAGUACCCUUGAAGUCAUUAAUCCACCGCUUGGCAAUCCCAUUCAAGACACUCUGGAUCUUUCAAGCUUAAGGGUAUCCCCGUCAUCUUCAGGCACACUCGAGCGAGUCUUCCAGAGCAAAGACCGCUACAUAAUUCUAGAGUACAUCUCACAGCACGGCUUCAUCAGCGACGGAAACUCGCAGACCUCGUCUCGCAAAUUAGAAAUGAUCGACCUCCGUGAAGAGUCAAGCUCACUGGGUCUUCGAAGGAGAAGUUUAUCCAAAUUAUCUGAGAUCGUGAGCCGGCUCAUUGGAAUCUUCCAAGGACAUUUGGUCUUUCUGGAUCAUCAGUACUGGUUAUGUACAUGGGAUAUAGAGGGUGAUGAAAAAGCUUGUCGGAGGAAUUUCUUUUUGCCAAAGGAUUGGUUGUCUCCGGAUUCUUUGAGUCUUGUUGUGCUAGAUCAACUUGGGACCCUUCUUUGUCCGAGGAAUGGGGAUGUCGCGAUUGUUAGAUCGGGAUUUAGGUUUUGA